UUUCCCUGCAACGAGCAUUCCACACAGUGACAGACAGAAAACCACAAGGAGGAUAGGGGAAGGGGAAAAGAGAAGGAAUUAUGGCCAUAAUGAAACGCGAAGCAACGUUAUUGCUGCUACUGCUGGUGCUGUUCUCAGUUCCCACGGUUAUGGGACACACAGGAGGAGGAGGAGGAGGAGAAGAUGAAAGAAGAGAAGAGAGAAGAGAAAUAUUCUUGUUGCAGCACUCUAAGCAAGUUGUCAAGACUGAAGCUGGGGAGAUGAGAGUUGUGAGAGGGUUCAGAAUAAAGGGUGUGGAGAACCCAAUGCACAUUGGCUUCAUCACCAUGGAACCAAAGACUCUUUUCGUCCCUCAGUACAUUGAUUCCGGUUUGAUCUUCUUCGUUCGCAGAGGCAAUGCAAAGAUUGGAUCGGUCUACAAGGAUGAAUUGGUGGAAAGGGAACUGAAGCAUGGGGAUAUUUACAGAAUCCCUGCUGGUUCAGCUUUCUACAUGGUGAAUGUCCACGAUAGACAGAAUCUCGAGAUCAUUUGCAGCAUUGACUCAACAGAGAGUAUUGGACGUGGUCCCUUCCAGUCGUUCUUCAUUGGUGGAGGAUCCUAUCCCGCAUCAGUACUCUCAGGGUUUGAUCCCAGGACUCUUGCAACUGCAUUUAACGUCUCCUCGAGCGAAUUGAAAGAACUCAUGACCAGACAACAAGGAGGGCCGAUCAUAUACGUGCAGGACACCCAAGACACCAGCAGAUGGGCCUCGAUCAUGAAACUGAAACAACAAGAGAGACUAGAGCAACAAAAGAGAAUGGGAGAAGACGAUGACGCCGACCAAGAAGAGCAGGUCGAGGAGGAGACAUGGACGUGGAGGAAGCUCUUGACGUCUGUUCUGGGGAUGGAGAAGAAGGUUGCAACUCCAAAUAAAGCCGUCCGAUCGCCUGAUUCCUACAACCUUUACGACAGGCAACCUGAUUUCAAGAACGACUAUGGAUGGAGUAUUGCUCUUGACGAGGACGACUACACCCCCCUUAGCAACUCCGGCAUUGGCGUCUAUCUCGUUAACCUCUCUGCGGGAUCGAUGAUGGCGCCACACGUCAAUCCGACGGCGACAGAGUACGGGGUAGUGUUGAGUGGAACCGGUUCGAUUGAGGUUGUUUUCCCGAACGGGACCUCGGCGAUGAACGCAGAUGUGAGUGAGGGCGACGUAUUCUGGGUUCCCAGGUACUUCCCAUUCUGCCAGAUUGCAUCCAAGAUGGGACCCAUGGAAUUCUUUGGAUUCACCACAUCGGCCCGAAAGAACAGACCCCAGUUCUUGGUGGGGGCGAGCUCUAUCCUCCAGACCAUGAGCAGCAGUGAGCUAGCCGCGGCAUUCGAUGUGAGCGAAGAGAGGUUCCGCAACCUGACCAACGCACAGAGAGAAUCGGUCAUCCUCCCAUACAAAUCGCCAUCCCCACCAAAGACACGGAAACCCAAGGAAUCAUCGGCCAAGCGUGUACCUUCUUAUAUCAAGAGCUUUGCAUCCGACAUGAUCAUGGGCUUUGAUUAGAGCUCAUGCAGAGAACUGUAGAUGUGGGGAAGAGACAUGGGCGCCUCGUUUUCUGAGGAGCAUCUUGUAUCUGCCAUCUUCUCCUUUUUCUUUGUUUUUUCCUUGUUCUCCGUUUUGGUUUCUUGUUUCUUAUUAUCUUGUUGAGUUGUGAA